UAUACCUUUUAGAUAUAAAUAUAAAGACAUACCUUUGUUUGUCUCAUUUUCUCUUGGUAUCAAAAACAUAUAUAAAAAAACAAACAAACAUCUUAAUUUUUCUAUCACGCAUAUAUAUUCGAAUAUGAGAAGAAACUGCAACUUGGAGCUCCGUCUCGUUCCGCCUUCCCCGUUCAUAUUUUCCGAUCACCACCAUGGUCAACAAAAUACCAGGGAGGAACAACAUAGAGCAGGGGGUGGAGAAUCAAAGGAAAAACUAAAGCAGGAGCAGCAGCUAACCAUCUUUUAUGAUGGAAAAGUUAGCGUUUGUGACGUUACAGAGCUUCAGGCAAGAACAAUAAUAAAGCUAGCAAGUGAUGAAAUAGAAGAGAAAUGGAGGAGAACACCGGGUUCAACUACUUCUUCUGAUCAGCAAUAUUCACCGUUGGUGUCGCCAGCGCUAGGUAACCAAACCGGGCUUUCCAUGAAGAGGUCUUUACAGAGGUUUCUUCAAAAGCGAAAGAAUAGAAUUCAAGCAACUUCUCCCUACCAGCAUUAGCCGUACGUAUAACCUAGCUAUAUAUGCUCUUUGUUACGAUACACUAUUAUAUAGCCGUACGUUCCAACUAACAAUUCCGGUUCCAUAGUUUAGUUCAAACUAACAUGCUUAAUUAAUUAGUAGCUAGAGUUCUUCAAGAAUUAUGUACACGUCUUUCUCGUAAGACAUGUGAAUUAAUUAUGUGUACGUUAGUCGAGCUAACAAAUGGCCGGAAUCUGGUUGAAUCGUCCGCCAUGUAUUCUCAAUAUAUAUAUUUGUUUGUUUGUUUGUUUUA